UAGGAACCAGAGGUUCAGUCAACUCAGAGGACUCUGCCUACCAUUUACUAGAGUUCACUGAUGACCAGGUCUCAGAGUGAUACUGAGUUCAACUUUCAGAGGCAAAGGAUACUGCUGAAUCCAUGGACAAAGAUGUUGUCCUUAGGAGACGUGGCUACAUUCUGGGAAUAAGUUUGAGAGAAGGCUCAUAUGCCAAAGUCAAAUCUGCUUACUCUGAGCGCCUAAAGAUCAAUGUGGCUAUCAAGAUUAUUGACCGCAAAAGAGCACCCGCUGACUUUCUAGAGAAAUUCCUUCCCCGAGAACUUCGAGUUCUAACUAUUCUAAACCAUAGCUGCAUCAUCAAGACCUAUGAAAUUUUUGAGACAGUGCAGGGCAAGAUCUAUAUCAUCAUGGAGCUUGGAUCCCAGGGUGAUCUCCUCGAUUUCAUCAAAGUCCAGGGAGCCCUGCAAGAGGAUGAUGCUCGAAAGAAGUUCCACCAGCUCUCCUUAGCCAUCAAGUACUGCCAUGAUCUGGACAUUGUCCACCGGGACCUCAAGUGUGAGAACCUCCUCCUUGACAAUGACUUUAACAUCAAGGUGUCAGACUUCGGCUUCUCCAAGUGCUGCUCACGGGAUCAGAGCGGUCAACUGACAUUAAGUAGGACCUUCUGUGGGUCAGCUGCCUAUGCCGCCCCUGAGGUGCUACAGGGCAUCCCCUACCAACCCAAGGUGUAUGACAUCUGGAGUCUAGGUGUGAUCCUCUAUAUCAUGGUCUGUGGCACCAUGCCCUAUGACGACUCCAACAUUAAGAGAAUGCUGCGUCUCCAGAAGGAGCACCGUGUUAACUUUCCACGUUAUAAGCCCCUGACCAGGGAGUGCAAGGACCUCAUCUACCGCAUGCUCCAACCAGAUGUGAACCAGCGGUUGCACAUUGACCAGAUUCUUAGCCACUGCUGGCUGCAGCCCAAGACACAGGGCCUGUCCUCUGCAGUCACUGAUGAGGUUGAAAGCUCCUGGAGAGCUGAGGCUUCCUGCACUCCUAAACCUUGUUCUGACAGGAAAUCUACUGCCAAGCUGGAGCUUCAGAAAGAGGCACCCCCCAAAGAACAGCCUGAGACAAACUUAGAUGAGCACACUGUGCAAGUGGCCAUGCAGUUGGAGGCCCUGGGCAUCAGCAACCAGAAGGUGGCCAAGAAACCAGAGAGGACUCCCUGCUCCAAGCAGUCUCCAGAGAAGCAGACCUAGGGAGCCUUUUGGGCAUGGCCCAGGAACAGCUGAUAGGCUGAAUCUGGAGGCAAUGGAUGAGUC